ACCCGGCGCGGUGACCGCGGAGGAGAAAAGAAAAGGAGACGAACAAGCGACGGCGGCCUCUCUCACGGGACGAGGUCUGUGUGACGCAUCUCGCGAGCCCACUCGCUGGAAUCACUCGGCCCCGCGCGCGGCGGCUUCUUGCGAGGCGUCCGCCCGUUUUUUGCGACUCACGACGCGGGCCACAGAGACGUCACAUAAAGGCGAGUAACGGGACAGCGAUGAGACGUUACGGCGUAGCGGCGCUCUAAUCGCAUGUGCUGGCUCGGGGCCCGGCGCUGGAGAGAGCGACACGAACCGCAGACCGCGCGAGUCCGUCCAUCACAUUUGAGGGGUGUCUUUUUUUUUUUCUUUUUUUUUUUUCAACUGGCUAGCUUAGCGCGGAAGCCGCAUCCGAUGCUGGCGCUUUCGCUCUCGUGCGCUUUUGAUUUAGGGUUAGCUAGGCGGCUAACCGGGGCGCGCUGAUGAGCCGCUGUGCGUGUGUGCGUAGCGGAAUGAUGAUGAUUAGAGGAAACCACCACCAGAGAGGGUCUAAUGGCUCACAUUAAUUAUCGAAAGAAUAUUUGAUUAUUGCUUUUUUUUUGGUGGUAAUUAUCAAAUACAGCCUCGUCGCUGGUAAUACGCGGCGGGCCCUUCUAUUAAUUAUAAAAACUGCCCUGCACGCGAAGAAUGGGGGAAUUAAGCUACUGAAGAGCGUAAGCUGGUUAGAUAAGCUCGUUUUAGGUGUUUUUUAUGCGAGCUAGCAAGCUGGUUUGAAGAUUAGUUGCAGUGACUGGACCGUACUGCUCCCCGCACCUCCCUCUGCCCCUCAAUUGGAGUAUUUUCUAUUUUUUUUCCGUCUCUAUUUUCGGGUUGCGCGUUGUCUGCGCGCUCUUCUCUCUCUAAAGAGCGCUCUCUGUUAGCCUCCCUCUUUCUCUCUCUCUCUCUCUCUCUCUCUCUCUCUGCGCCGCGACACAAUGAGCGGCCAAAGCAUGGACGCCGCGCCGGCCGCCGAAGUGGAGCCCAUGCCGGGAUACUUGGACCUGAUGAGCAGAGCCUCCACCGUGAUGCUGGGCGCAUGGAGAGACUGUAGUUCCUGCGGCCUGGAGCUCUCCAAACGGACUCUCCUGGAUAACGCGUACAUCACCUGGACCGAAAUCGCCCUGUUCCUCUUUAGCGCCUUUUUGUGGACGCAGGUCAGACGGGGACUGACAGAAAGUCUGUUUCAGCCUCUAGCACAGUGGUGCAGGCUGCUGCCCAAAGAUGCUGCCAAGAUGCCGGAGAGUGCGUGGAAGCUGGUCUUCUACACCAUGUCGUGGUCAUACAGCACCUACCUGCUCUUCUUCACCUCCUACUCCUUUUUCCAUGACCCGCCGUCUGUCUUCUACAACUGGCAGAGCGGCAUGUCAGUGCCUGCGGACAUCGCCAUAGCCUACCUGAUCCAGGGCAGCUUCUACGGUCACUCCAUCUACGCGACACUCUACAUGGACGCGUGGAGGAAGGACUCCGCCGUGAUGGUGGUGCACCACAUCAUCACCCUAGCACUCAUCAGCUUCUCCUACGCCUUCAGAUACCACAACGUGGGCAUUCUGGUGUUGUUCCUCCACGACAUCAACGACAUCCAGCUGGAGUUCACCAAGCUCAACAUCUACAUGAAGUCCAGAGAGGGAGGCUAUCACCUGCUCAACGACGUGCUGUCCAACAUGGGCUCCGUCAGCUUCAGCAUCACCUGGUUCUGGUUCCGUCUGUACUGGUUCCCUCUUAAAGUGCUGUACGCCACAUGUGUGUCCAGCCUUCAGUCUGUCCCCAACAUCCCCUUCUACUUCUUCUUCAACACGCUUCUCCUGGCUCUGCUGCUCAUGAACAUCUACUGGUUCUUGUUCAUCGUGGUUUUUGUAGUGAAAGUGCUAAAGGUGAAAGAGGUGAACGACGUCAGGGAGUACGAGGACGAGGACGGCAGCAAGGCGGCAUCCGGGCUGCACAGAGAACCUCAGGCAGAAAACAACGAUGGAGAUGCUGGACAUCACAUCUCUGCCCGGGGGAAGCCGGUGCAGAACGGGGUCACCAAAGAGAAGCACCUAUAACAGGCUCUCCGCUGCCACCACCUGGCACUGGGCUACAAGUGCAAGCAAGACCAGGCGCCCUCGUUAAAAAAAAAAACCGUGGCUGAAGGCGAGAGCGUCAUGGAAAGAAAAAAGGGAGGAAGAUUGCAAGUUGCGUUGCAAUUGGUUUUUACGCAUUUUGUUUUUAGAACAUUUCAUUUCAUCGCUGUCACUUUGUUUUGUUUUUAUUAGAGCGCUGUGAAUGUUAUUUCAGGUUUGUGUUAUUGUUGCAAACUUUACUUUUGAUAGGAACGGAAACCAGUUUGGGUGACUGUGAUUGUCCCAGAGCAACCUUUAGCGACCUGGUGAACAAGCAACGUGCUAGUUCUAUAAGAGGGAGCUGUGUGUUUGACUCCUCGUCUCCUUUAAACCACCACAAGAAACACAAUCAUGAUUCCAAAGGGACACAUCGCGCU